GGCCUACACCGCUCAAGUCAUCUUCAACCACAACAAACCGUACGAGGAGCUCAAGGGAAUGAGCGAUUCGAUCCCUCUACGUACAUUCCGAAAAUCAAUAAGAGACGAAGACAGCGACGAUGACGAUUUCCUGGAUCGAUUGGGCGAGGUAGAGGAGGGAAGGUUCCGGAGCGAGGAUGAUCUCGAGAGACCGUUGAUCGGGAAUGGUGUCAAUCGCACUGAGAAGCAACCACCCCGUUCAUCCCUCGAAUCACGAACAGUCAACUUCACGGCCACCACCCGACCAGAACCGAGCAAGGCGUUCCCACCCAACACAAUCUCAAAUACACUUUACACCCCACUCACAUUCCUCCCUCUAACUCUCUACCACCAAUUCCGCUCCUUUUUCAACCUCUACUUCCUCCUCAUUGCACUCUCCCAAGCGAUCCCCGUAUUGCGGAUCGGGUAUCUGAGCACGUAUAUUGCGCCGCUUGUUUUUGUGCUGGGGGUCACGCUUGCGAGGGAAGCUGUUGACGAUCUGACGAGGAGGAGACGAGAUCGGGAGGCGAACAGUGAGUUAUAUGAGACUGUGGGUGGAGAAUGGGUUAGGGCGGGGCAGUUACGGGUUGGUGAUGUCGUCCGCCUUGAAAAGGAUAGGAGGGUGCCAGCUGAUGUGGUUCUGAUCUCCACCGGCAGCAACGGGAACGCAGACGAAGAAGGUGAGGUCUUUAUUAGGACGGAUCAACUCGACGGAGAAACAGACUGGAAACUCCGUGUCCCCGCUCUCCCCUCCACCGUUUCCCUCCUCAGCGGACGUAUCGAAGCCGAGGGUCCAUCGCGGUAUAUCCACAAUUUCGCGGGAAGGCUGGUGUUGGCUGAUGGUGGGAUGAUCCCACUGAGUGUCGAGAACGCGUUGUGGACGAAUACCGUUUUGGCGAGCGGUACAGCAAUCGGAGUAGUCGUCUACACCGGUCGUGAAACUCGGGCCGGAAUGUCAAGCACCAAAACCAGCGGCGGCAAAACCGGCAAACUCGAAUUCGAAAUCAACAACCUCUCCAAAAUCCUCUGCGCCCUAACCCUCUCCCUCUCCAUCGGCCUCGUAGCCGCAGGCGGCUUCGACAACGGCUCCUGGUACAUCGACAUAACCCGCUUCCUCAUCCUCUUCUCCACCAUCAUCCCCGUCUCCCUCCGCGUCAACCUCGACCUCUCCAAAUCCGUGUACGCGCAUCAAAUCGAACACGACGCCACCAUACCAGAUACGAUCGUCCGAACGAGUACGAUUCCGGAAGAGUUGGGGAGGGUGGAGUAUUUGUUGACGGAUAAGACGGGGACGUUGACGAGGAAUGAGAUGGAGAUGAGGAGGGUGCAUGUUGGGAGUGUGGGGUUUGGGGAGGAGGAUGUGGAUGAUGUGCGGUCUUUUGUCGCGAAUCAGAGAAACACUACAGGGGGGAGGGGAAAGAGGGAGGUUGGGCAGAAGGUGAGGGACCUGGUUCUUGCGAUGGCGUUGUGUCAUAACGUCACGCCUACGAAUGAUGCGAAUGGGUUUACCACGUAUCAGGCAGCAAGUCCAGACGAGAUCGCGAUCGUGAAGUGGACGGAGGAGGUCGGGUUAACACUCAAGGCACGUGACCGGAGGAGUAUCACGCUGUGGAAUAGUCAGGCCAGGGAGAAUGUUGUGUAUGAUGUUUUACAUUUGUUUCCGUUCACGAGUGAGACGAAGAGGAUGGGAAUUGUCGUUCGUGAGCGCAAGCAGAAACCGGAGAAGGUGGACGGAGAUAUUGGUGAAACGGGGGAGGACGGAGGGGACGAUGUCUGGUUCUUUGAAAAGGGUGCGGAUGUCGCCAUGCAGAAGAUCGUGAAAGCAAAUGACUGGGUCGAGGAGGAAGGUGGGAAUAUGGCCCGCGAAGGUCUCCGUACCCUCGUUGUGGGACGAAAGAGGUUGAACAACGAUGAAUAUGAGUCGUUCAGGGAGAGAUAUGAGAAGGCGGGGAUGUUGUUGCAAGGGAGGGAUGUCGCUAUGCAGAGUGUCGUGAGUGGGGUGUUGGAGCGGGAUGUGGAGUUGUUGGGGAUGACGGGUGUGGAGGAUAAGUUGCAGGAUGACGUUAAGCCCAGUCUUGAGGUGCUAAGGAAUGCCGGGGUGAAGAUUUGGAUGUUGACGGGUGAUAAAGUGGAGACGGCGAAGUGUGUCGCUAUAAGCGCAAAGCUGGUCGCGAGGGGACAGUAUAUCCAUACCGUCACUCGCCUCCAACACCGAGAGGACGCGAUCCGCGAGUUGGAGUUCUUGGGGAGUAAGACUGAUUCGUGUCUGUUGAUUGAUGGAGAGUCGAUUCAGUUGUUUUUGGAUACGAUGAGGAGUGAGUUCGUCGGUGUCGCGACUGUGUUACCGGCGGUUAUCGCGUGUCGCUGUACACCCACCCAGAAGGCCGAUAUCGCAAUGAUGAUUAAGGAGUAUACGAAGCGGAGGGUGUGUUGUAUUGGAGAUGGUGGAAAUGACGUUUCGAUGAUUCAGGCUGCAGAUGUUGGGGUUGGUAUCGUUGGGAAAGAGGGUAAGCAGGCUUCUCUCGCUGCGGAUUUCUCCGUGCUGCAGUUUAGCUUUUUGACGAAGCUCCUGCUGUGGCAUGGACGGAACUCGUAUAAACGGAGUGCAAAACUGGCGCAGUUUGUUAUUCAUCGUGGGUUGGUGAUUGCGGUGUGUCAGACUGUCUUCAGCGUGAGUUCGAAGUAUGCGCCGAUUGCUUUGCAUCAGGGAUGGUUGUUGGUUGGGUACGCGACGAUUUAUACCAUGUUCCCUGUUUUCUCGUUUGUCUUGGAUCGUGAUGUGAGUGAGGGGUUGGCACAGAUGUAUCCGGAGUUGUAUAAGGAGUUGAAGGAGGGACGUACGCUGAGUUACCGAAGUUUCUUUGUAUGGGUUGCCGUUUCGGUGUAUCAAGGUUGUGUCAUUCAGAUUCUCGCGCAGUUUCUCGUCGGCUUAAUUGGAUCUAACGACGCUCCGAAUGCGAAGAUGGUUGCUGUGAGCUUCACUGCAUUGGUUUUAAACGAGCUUGCUAUGGCUGCUUUUGAGAUCACUACGUGGCAUCGCUACAUGAUCAUUGCGCAAAUCUGUACGGCUACAGUUUACUUUGUCUCCAUCCCAUUCCUCGGCGAUUACUUUGAUUUGGCGUAUGUCGUGUCGAUACCGUUCGUGUGGAAGACGGCGUUGGUCUUGGGGAUCAGUUUGAUUCCGCCGAUUGCUGCGAGAUGGAUUAGGAGGAGGUUAAAACCACCGAGUUAUGUGCGGUUGCAGAGGUAGUUUACUGUCAUC